AUGAGCAAGACCAGGAAUGGCUUUAAGCCCAUGAGAGGGAAAAACCUACCUCUACAUGUUGACCCCCAGUGGGCAUCUGAGCAACUCUUGGCAGCUGCAGUGAAAAAACAAAAAGAUUUCAAUCAAGACAUGGAAGAUGGAGAAUAUGUCUUGCUUUAUCCAGAUGGCUCUCAGAUAAAAAAUAUCCCUGGGACUGACACACCUUUUACCAUUGGACAAUACAAAGAGGCCAUUGGAAAGGCGUUUCAAAGGAUCACAUUGUACAUCUGUACCCUUGAGGAUUUGUUGUCAAAGAAAGAUGAGGAUGAGGAUGAAGUUGUUAGGGUGCAACCCAAUAUGUCACCUCUUUCUGACACAGUGCUUUGGUCUGGUCCCGAAAGCAGUACACCAGAGCAUAGACCUUGGUCAGCCACAACAUCUGAGAGAUCCCAGCAAGCCAACAGUGCAACAAGACCCAAACAGACAACCUCCUCAGUGGGUGAACUUAAGUCAAGUGACUUCUACAGUACAUAUACCAAUAUAUAUGCACCUAUCACCAUUGACAGCAGUUCCUCAGAUCUUGAGGAAGUAGAGAAACUGCCAGAGAAAGACAGUGAUGGACAUGAUGGGCUAACAGCUGCAGACGUAGUGUCAAAUCUGUCACUUAAUCUUAAAAAAUCAUCCUGUAGCAGAUUUAACAUUAACCGGGCAAAUGUCUGGGAUGGUGCCUUAAGAGGUUUCAGGCGAUCCUCAUUUGACCCCACCUGCAGCUUGAUGGUGAAAUUCACAGAUGAUGCGGGGCUGACUGAAGAGGCUUUGGACAGCGGGGGCCCUUCUCGUGAAUUUCUGACCCUGCUGAUGGACACCAUCAAAACCAGGAGGGUAUUUGAAGGCAAAGAAAAUGCCAAAUACCUCUCAUUUGAUUGUAAAGCUGCAGAAGACAAUGAGUAUUUCCAGAUUGGAAAAAUGAUUGCUGUCUCAAUUGUCCAUGGAGGUCCAGGGCCUCGUUGUCUUUCCCCAAAUUUCUUCCUUUACCUAAUUGGUAAAGUAAAGACAAUUGAGGCCCCAGUUGAGGACAUACCUGAUGAUGAGGUCAAGAAGACCCUCCUUGAGAUAAAGAAUGCUACAUCACUGAGUGAACUCCAGGGACUCACAGAAAAACACUCCAGCAUGCUUCAGACAGCAGGCUGCUAUCGGUUCAUGAGGACUCUGGGGGAUAAGAAUAAAGUAGUAGAUGAUUACAUUCAGUGGUAUUUCAUCUACCGAAACCAUGUUUCCAUCCAGAGGUUCAAAGAGGGACUAGCAACUCUUGAUUUUGUCAAUGCCUUGGAACAGCAUCCUUCACUCUUCUUCUCAUUCAUGUGCUACACUGAGACCAAGCUGACAGCUGAUGCUGUGGAGAACAUCUUCCAAGUGCAGUUUAGUCAACCUGGUAGCACCAACCGUCAGGAGGAGGCCAGAGUACUGAGCUACUGGCGAGAUUAUCUGCUCUACCUGGAAGAAAAAGAGACUAGUCCUUCUUUGGAAGAUGUCCUCAUGUUUGGAACUGGGCUGAAGGAAGUUCCUCCUGCAGCAAUACAGCCACAGCCACUGCUAGUCUUUCAGAAGAUCUCACGCUUUCCCAUGGCAAAUGUAUGUUCAAAUACAAUCAAAAUUCCAAUCUUACCCAGUAGGGAGCUUAAAUCACUGAUGUUCAGAAAAACACUGGUGUAA